AUGGCCAGCCGAUCCAGUGCCAUCCGGGCUCUUCAACAGUUUACUUCCUGCGAUAUUGGUGAUGCGCUAGUUAAGCUUAAAGUGCCCUGUGGUGGCUACUUAUCGGGAUUAAAAAUGUUCUCUCCUGGGCCGACGAGCCCGAAAGCAAAGAUCUUCGGCCCUGCCUACACGGUCCGCAUGGUCCAUGCCAACGACAAAACCGCGCCCUCCCCCCAGCGUCAUUUUGUCGAUAACAUACCUCGAGAUAGCGUCGUCUUCGUUUCGCAGCCAAAAGGAUUGAUCAGCGCCUGUUGGGGCGGCCUGAUGAGCACCCGCGCCAAGAAACAAGGUGCAGCUGGGGUCGUUAUUGACGGCCGCUUCCGAGAUAUCAAUGAGCAUCAAGAGCUGGAUAUGGGCCUCUUCGCGCGUGGAGUCAGCAUCCUAGGGUCAAAUACUUUCACCAGGUCGUCAGAGCUGAACGUGCCAGUCGCGUACGAGAAUCGCGAAAUUGGCGAAGAGGUGGUCAUUAACCCAGGAGACUAUGUGCUGGGGGAUGUAGACGGUGUGGUGGCAGUACCGGCGGACAAGGUGGAGGACUGCGUCCGACUUUGCCAAGAGCGUUUUGAGAUUGAUGAGGAGACCCGGUUGUGUUUAGAAAGGGGGGAAGAGAUGGGCCCCACGAUCAAGCGAUUAAGGAAAUAG